AUGGCGCGCACGAAGCAAGCCACGCCCCUCCGGCGCGAGACGUCUUCGGAGUACUUUAGCAAGAACGAUGCCCUCAAGCGCACCGUCAGUGGCGAGUCGCCGAAGCCCUCGAAUGGCGUGACGACUAAGGGAGUGCCCCCAGCCGCUGCGUCGCCGCCGCCAAAGCAGGAGCCUGCUGCCGCAUUCCAGGUCCUUGUCGCGACUGGCGGCAUCUACAUGUCCUUUCUGACUUGGGCUUACCUCCAGGAAAAGCUCACGACAACCCCCUAUGGACCGACCGACGCGCCCGAAGUCUUCCGCUACCCCGUAUUCCUGAACACAAUCCAAUCUCUGUUUGCUGCCGCGACAGGCUUCCUAUACCUCUACUGGAGCACUGCGCGUGCGCCCCGCGCUGCAGGUACUCCUCUUGUCCUCCCAGCGAUCUUUCCGAGCCGACAGAUUGCUCUUCCUCUCCUCCUUGUCGCCAUCACGUCGUCUCUCGCCUCGCCAUUUGGCUACGCAUCGCUCUCCCACAUCGACUACAUUACCUUCCUUCUCGCCAAGUCCUGCAAGCUUCUCCCUGUCAUGCUUCUGCAGACGACCCUCUUCGGCCGCCGCUACCCGUUGUACAAGUACCUCGUCGUGGCAGGCGUCACAGCGGGCGUCGCGGUCUUCACGCUGCACACGGGCUCGGGCAAGAAGAAGAAGCAGAGCGCCGCCAACCCGGACGCCAACACGGCCUGGGGCCUGCUGCUGCUGAGCGUCAACCUCAUCUUCGACGGCCUUACCAACACGACGCAGGACCACAUCUUCAGCACCUACCGCGCCUACUCGGGCCCGCAGAUGAUGUGCGCCAACAACAUCCUCUCGAGCGCCCUGACGGCCGGCUACCUUGUGCUGAGCCCCUGGCUCGUCCGCACCGGUCUCGGCGCCUGGCUCGGCAUGGACGCUGCCGGCGGCGGCGGCGAGCUCGCGGCCGCCCUCGACUUCAUGGCCCGCUACCCGGCCGUCUGGGUUGACGUCCUCGGCUUCGCCGCCUGCGGCGCCGUCGGCCAGGUCUUCAUCUUCUACACCCUGUCCACCUUCUCGUCCGUCCUGCUCGUCACCGUCACCGUCACGCGCAAGAUGGUCACCAUGGCCCUGUCCGUCUUUGCCUUUGGCCACCGCCUCACUGGCAUGCAGUGGCUCGGCGUCGGGCUCGUCUUUGGCGCCAUUGGCGCCGAGGCGCGCAUCGCCACGGUCGAGAAGCAGAAGAAGGCGGCGGCGGCCAAGAAGGCGCAGUGA